AUGGAUGACGUUGCUACCGAUCCCAAUGAUUUACUUAGGCAGGUUGAAACAGUAUCUCGAUCUCAACGUGCACUCGUUGGUGAAUUCGAACGUCAACGCAGCCGUCUUGAACAAGUUGUCCGUGCGUAUAAUCAUCAACAAACAGCUCGCUGGUCAGAAUUGCGCCGGCAAUCUGAACAGAUUAUUAGAGAAUCGAGAAAACAAAUACAGUUUCGAUCAAGUGUAGCAAUAUCAGAACGACUUCGUCUACAGCAUGUGCUCGAUAAAGAUAUGACGAAAUUGUAUUCAUCUUAUAAUUCGGAUUCUAUAAUUAGUUUAAAAAAUCCUCAAGAAGAUAAAAAACGGAAAGUUUAUGGAUGUUUACUACCACAACUAAAGUCCCCAACGAAAACAAAUCUCGACAAUGAAAAACUGUUGACACCACGUUCUACAUCAAGACAAUCAAGUUUUAAAGCUCAUCUUGAACAUAAACGAGGUUCACUUCGAAGGCCUAUUGAUUCACCUACAGAACAACGAAAUCAAAUGAAUAGUGUUAUUAAUAAAUGUUUAUAUGAAUUAGAAGAAUGCAAUGGCGAUGGCUACGAUCAUUUUCUCCAAACAAGUGAGCCAAUGCGAAACGCACAAAUACUUGCACAACAACAUAUUAACCAUUAA